UUCUUUCUUCGCUUCUUACUCUUCCUUUUCACGCCUCAUCCCGGCCGAGCGCAUCUUCACUGCUCAUAUCAGCCGGCAGAUUUGACAUGCAGACAAUCCCCCCCAAAAAAACAAAAAUCUUUUGCGGGGAUGUUAAACAUCACCUGUAAUGUUUGUGAACCAUGCUGCCUUGAAUUAUUCUUCUUCUUGACACAAUUCUUCCCCGCGGACACAUCCGCAACACUACUGCAUGGAGACAAGACUUCUAUUAGACUAUUCAGCUUUCACCGACAAGAAAAAUUAGUUAAGGCUUCUGCAUUCUUGCCAUUCUUCAUGAUUGUGUGUUACAGCUUCUGGCCCCAUUAUCCCCUCAGCUGGCUGGGCACGAGGAAGCAAGGUUCCAUGCCCGCUGUGAAACAAAGAGAAGUUAAAUCUCGGGUGACUUGCAGCCACUUGAGGUUGCUGCAUCCUCUCGCCUGCAUCUUUACAAUUGGACACAAAAAAUGAACCAUUGCAGGCUCCCUUGUGACUGUCAUGAAAGAUCAGCUUGCUCAAGAUAUCAGACGGUCAAACUGGUAUGCUGCUUUCAACCCUUGGCUAGUAGAAGCGUCGUGCAAUGGGUUAGGUUUAGCAUCAAGGUUUGCUGAGACAUCAGAAUGCAAGUCAUUGUGCAAUACUCGGCGCAAGGCGGGUCAAGAAAGGAUGUUGGCUCUCUUUGUAUAGUCAGCAUCAU